AGGUAAUCCUCUCAACAACGAGUGAUUGUGUGUCGUUUCAUUCUGUUUCUUUACAUCAUUCUGUUUCUUCUGUGGUUCUUUCAUUCUUUGGCUGUCAAUUAUUUUAAGCUUCCGGCAUCUCCCAUAGCAAAAUUUUCGGCAUGGAAGUGGUGGGUGCAGCUGUCGGUGCACUAGUGGCAACAACUAGCGAGCUUCUCUGUAGUUGUGUCAGUUCUAAGACCAACACCACUUUCAAUUUGCAUUCAAAUCUUGCUGCUGUUGAGCAGGAGAUGAAAAGCCUUACGGAUCGUAUAAAAGAAGUCAAAGGUGGAACGGAAGCAGCGGAGAAAGAAGGAAACAAAAUCAGAUCUGAAGUCGUAACUUGGCUUCAGGACGUGAAAACGCUUCAGCCUGGAGUCGAUGCAAAUCAAGGACAAAUGGUCAACAACAAAAAGCCUUCUCGAUGUUUCUUAAAUUGCAAAAAACGGUAUAGAGAGAGCAGGGAAGUGGAAAAAACUCUGGAAGAGAUCAAAAGGCUUCUUCUUGUAGCUGAAAAAUUCAACUAUGAUGUGGUUUGUCCUACUAGAGUUCCCAGAGCAGUGGAGCAUAUUCCUGGACCUUCAAUUCGGGGUCAAACAACUGCAUCAAAAAAAUUAGAUGAGAUUAGGAAGGCAUUGGAUGAUGGAUUCAAAAGGAUUGGUAUUUGGGGACUAGGAGGAGUUGGCAAGACUACUCUGGUGAAGAACUUGAAUAAUGAGCUCAAAAAGGCUUCUACAAAGCCUUUUGGCAUUGUCAUUUGGGCCAUCGUUUCCAAGAAUGUGGUCAUUAAAAAUGUCCAGAAACAAAUAGCUGAAAGAUUAAAUUUGGAGGUGAAAAUGGAAGAAAGCGUGCAGAGAAUGGCCAGUCGGCUUUAUGAAAGGCUUGAGAAUGAAGAAAAAUUUCUACUCAUUCUAGAUGAUGUUUGGGCGAAAAUUGAUUUAGACACUUUGGGUGUCCCAGGGCCGGAUGUUCAUAAAGGCUGUAAGAUCAUAUUGACUUCUCGACUUAAGGAAGUCUGUAGGACUAUGACAACCAAUCUCGAAAUCAAAAUAGAAGUUUUAAAUGAUGUUGAAGCUUGGCAAUUGUUUUGUCAAAAGGCAGGGGAUGUGGCUCGUCUAGAAGAAAUUAAACCAUUAGCAGAAGCAAUUGUAAAAGAAUGUUGCAGAUUACCACUAGCCAUCAUCACCGUGGGAGCUGCCAUGAGAAAAAAGACAAAGGUCGAGUUGUGGAAGCAUGCUUUAAAUCAGUUGCAAAGAUCAGUGCCUUCUAUAGAAGGAAUUGAGGCUGAGGUCUAUAAGCCGUUGAGGUUGAGUUACGACUCAUUACAAGGUAACAACAUAAAAUCUUGUUUCUUAUAUUGCUGUCUAUUUCCCGAGGACUUCGAAAUUUCUAUAAGGGAUUUAGUACGCUAUUGGCGGGCAGAAGGUUUGAUAGGUGAAGGACAGAAUUGGGAGGGUAUGGACGAAGGCAUUUCUUUGAUUGAAAAUCUGAAGGACUCUUGUUUGUUGGAAGAUGGUCCCUAUAGCGAAACUGUGAAGAUGCAUGACGUUGUUCGGGACGUUGCUAUAUGGAUUUCAUCAACGUCUGAGGAUGGGUGUAAAUCCCUUGUUCGUUCGGGGAUUGGGUUGAGUGAGAUUUCUGUUGGAGAGUUUUCAAAUUCAAAUUCUCUCGAUAGAGUUUCUUUCAUGGGUAACUACAUAACAAGGCUACCUGAUUGCAUGAUACAAUGUUCAAAGGCCUCGGUUCUGCUACUCCGACACAAUAAUGCCCUUGACACGGUUCCUGAGAAAUUCCUGCAAGGGUUUGAAGCACUAAAGGUAUUGGAUCUCGGUGAAACCAGCAUCCGGUCAUUGCCUCAUUCUCUAUUUCAACUUAGAGAUCUCCGUGUUCUUGAUCUUAGUGGCACGUGUAUCGCAAAUUUGCCAAGAGGGAUUGAAAACCUGAGUGAGCUAAGGGAUUUAAACUUAGACAAGACUUGUGAACUGAAAAGCAUUCAACCUGGAAUUAUAUCCAAGUUGUCUUGUUUAGAAAGUCUAUCUACGUGCAAUGGUGGCUUACGUUUCCGUUUGAAGGGAGAGGAAGACGGACAGGCAACUUUUGAAGAGCUCAAAUCAUCCUUUAAUCGAAUACAUUAUUUAAAUAUCUCAUUGAAUGGGAUCCCAUGGGAAAAAUCCGAAGAUCUUUCCUGGAUAAAUAGAAUGAGUCAUCUUCAACUUUGUCUUUUCCAAGCACAAGGAAGGUGCGUCCUAAUUACAUUUGAUGAAAAAAGGUGUUCUAUCCGGAAUCUUAAUCUUUCUCUCUCGCAAGAAUGGAUUGGGUGGUUCUAGGAUAAUUCAAGUUCUCUGCUAUUAUCUAAAUGUACAGGACUGGUUUAAAUGCUUGAAGACUUCAUUG